GAGGUUUUGUCCUUUUUGUUUAUUUAUUUUGAACUUUGAUACAUUUCAGUUCCUCCUCCACAGACAGACGCAUGUAGGAGCCUGUCCAACAGUCACCCCGAACCUUUGACCUUUUGCCAGGCUCAGACAGGGUGACCCCUCAUAGGCCCAGCAGCCACUCCAAAAUAGAGUGUUAUUGUUUUUAAAAAACAACGCAGCAACUCUGCCGUCACAACCAAUCCCGUCGUCCCUGUACGUUUAAUGUCAAAUCUGGAAGAUUUCCCUCCUUUAAAAAAAAUAAAAAGUACCGUAGACUUAUGUACAAAUCAAAAACUGUCCAACAAAGUUACAAACUUAUUGCUUCUUCCAACCCUGCAACCACUGAAGUAUUAUGCGCUUAAUACACAGGUGCUUCAUGUCUU